UUUAGUUGAACUUUUGUUUUUUUGCGAAUUUGUUUGCUGCGAAUGCGAAUAAAAUUUAUUGUAAUAUGUAUGAAAAACGCAAAGAAGUUUUAUGUAAAUUAUUAUUAUCAAUUUGAUUUGCUUUUUUGUUUGUUUUUUUCGAAGCGGACAAUAAACGGACCCUAAAUCUGAUAAUUGGAGAAUUGUUGAACCAUUUCCUAGUCGCAACAACCAAUACUCAAUGAACAUUUGAUUAAACUAAUUGUAUCAAUUAUGAAACUUAACUUUAGUAAGCGUUAUUAAGGAAAUAAAUCAUAGAAUCAAAAAGGCUUCCCAGUUUGUCAGGCUUUUCACUUUUUUUUAGUUUUACUGAUCUAAAUAGUAAAUGCUCAAAAUUUCAGUGUGAUUACAUGGCUUCUGAUUGGAGGUUGCCGUGCACAACUCGAUCCACUUCCAUAACAAAUUUGACUCUCUGCACACCAACAGUUAAGCGCAAAUGGCGUAACAAAUUUAAGUUGCUCGAUUUAUACAAACAAAAUGAAUGCUUAUGGAUGGAAAACCACAAAGAUUUUCUCAAUUUUGAAUUAAAGGAUGAGCUGUGGGACCAGGUCGCUCAGGAAAUGUGCUGCCAUGAAAAGUCUAUUCCAAAACCAGACAAAUGGAGACAUCUGGUUAUUAAAUGGCGCUACAACGUCCAUUUGGAGGAACUCCACAAGCAGAAAGCCAUACAUUUUGACACGCUUGACGAGCUACCACGCAGACUUCGGUAUUCGGACAGGAUUCAGUUUUUAAUCAAUCACACCUUCGAUCGCAAAAAGACUGUACAAGUAGGGCCGAGAGCACUGACGCCUGAUUCGUUAACCACAGCGCAUCAAGUGGGUCUCGCUGCCAAGAGCAUGCGUUUGGUCCGAUGCAAGAGCAAACUUCAGACACCCUUUGGACAAAAGCUACGAACAAUGGAGAAAAUCCGGAAUAAACGACGCAGCACAAUGAGCCUAUCGCCAGAGGCAUUACAUCGCCUGAUGUAGAGAUCUGAAAAACGGAAUUGACCAUUUGAUAACUUCAUCAUUUUUCAGUGUAUUU